CUGGCAUUUAAAGAUAAUCGCUAGAAGCCAUCAGUCGCCUCUGCCUGCACAAUUCCGGCAAUUCUUCCCGUGCAUCCGGUGCAAUUUCACCACGAGAGGCAGAUAACCGAGCGUCGUGCUUGUAUAGGUGACAGCAACUCCAUUUUCCUCUUGCCCUAGUGAUGGAAUGAAAACGCACCUACGGCCUGAGCACGAGGCCAUAUUCCGACGACAAACUCGAGUGACGAAGUUCGGAAGUAGGACAGGAGAUUUGACACCCGGUAUAGGCCGGGUGCUGUCCGUCAGUCAAGCUUGUGGUAAAUAAUCAAACGUGUUGUCGGAACGAUCGACAAGGAGAGUAACGAUGAUUCCAGCAUCUUGAAGACCUCAAUGGGGUCAUGCUAGCCAUGGGGAUGUGUCCUCUGCCUCUGAUGGUGUUGGCGAUGCUUGCUGCUGCCCUGCCAACAUCUGUCAGCUGCAAUGGACACUUCCUCAACAGCUUUGCAGUUGAAGUCCAUGGUGGACAGGAAACAGUGGAGAGGGUAGCUAAAGAACUUGGCUUUAUAAUCAAGAGACAGUUGCCACAUAUAGGGGCAUAUGUAUUUGAACACCCAUCAGUUAGUAAGCGUUCCAAGCGCAGCGCAGAAAAUCAUCUUCAACUACUUAAAUCACAUCCCAAGGUUCGAUAUGCACAGCAGGAAGUGGAACUUACUCGUGUUAAAAGACGAAUAAUACAUGACAAGCAGCUGGAACUGCCAAUACGAGAAAUCAAAGAUAGCUCAGUUUACCAUCGUGUGGAGAUGCCACCACUAUCUUCACGUGAAUUAGAGGAACAGAUGUCAUUCAAUGACCCUUUCUACAAUGAUAUGUGGUAUUUGAGAAACCGUGGUCAGAGUGGUGGAGAGAAGUACAUUGACUUGAAUGUAGAAGUGGCAUGGGCCAGUGGGUUCACAGGAAAAGGUGUUGUUGUCUGUAUCCUUGAUGAUGGUGUUGACCAUACCCACCCUGACUUGGUUGCAAACUAUGAUCCAGAAGCCAGUGCAGAUCUAAAUGAUGUUGAUGAUAUUGAUGGGGACCCAAUGCCAAAUAAGACUACCCCUGGAAACAGCCAUGGGACACGAUGUGCAGGAGAGGUGUCUGCGGCAGCAGAUAAUGAUGUUUGUGGAGUGGGAAUCGCUUACAAUGCCAAAAUAGGAGGAAUUAGAGUGCUGGAUGGUCGUGUGACGGACUCACUCGAAGGAGAGGCUUUGCAGUUCAAAACUAAUUACAUCGAUAUCUUCAGUGCUAGUUGGGGGCCAAAUGAUGAUGGCAAAACUAUGGAGGCACCCCAUCAUUAUGCUGCAGCUGCACUGCAGAAUGGAGUUAAAUAUGGUCGUAAUGGCUUGGGAAACAUUUAUGUGUGGGCAACUGGCAAUGGAGGAAUGAAUGGUGACAACUGCAAUGCCGAUGGGUAUGUAUCAAGCAUCGAGACUCUGUCUGUUGGCUCAAUCAACGAUUGGGGUCAUCGUCCAUUCUACAUGGAGAACUGCACAUCCACUAUUGCUGUAGUUCCCACCGGUGGCGAGGAGUAUCGUGGCCAAGAAGUGGAAAUGGGGAAGGUGAAACUCAAAGUGGUCACCACUGAUAUUAAUGGAGGCUGCAUUGAGAACUUCCAGGGAACUUCAAGUGCUGCACCUCUAGCUGCUGGAUGCUUAGCCAACGUUUUGCAGGCAAAUCCCUCCUUGACUUGGCGUGAUGUCCAACAUGUGGUGGUGCAUGGAACACGCAUUCCUAGUGUGGACAACAGCUGGACUAUAAAUGGAGGAGGUCACCACAUUAGUCAUGAGUUUGGUUUCGGCCUAAUGGAUUGUGGCAAGAUGGUGCAAAUAGCACAGGAGUGGAGUAAUGUUCCGGAACAGCACAUCUGUCAGCACAGUCGUCACAGUGGACAAAAGCUGGAAUAUGGUGGGCAUAUUUCAGACACCAUUUAUACUGAUGGUUGCAAGGAAGAUAAAUCCAAGUGGAUUCAGCACUUGGAACAUGUGCAAAUUUACGUUAAACUAAUUACUCGUCGUCGUGGUGACACUCGGAUUGUCCUUACUUCACCUUCUGGCACACGAUCUGAAGUACUUUCCAAACGACCAAAAGAUGAUUUUACAGGUGAAUGGGAAUUUACUUUCAUGACUGUUCAUUGCUGGGAUGAAAACCCAGAUGGUAAAUGGGUUCUAGAUAUUUAUGAUGAACCAGCAGCAAACUCCCCAAGUUCAUCAAAUGAUGGUCACUUCAUUGAAUGGAAGCUCACACUGCUUGGAACAGCUGGUGAUAGAUAUGGACGUGAACUUUCCAAGAAAGUUCGUACCAGGCAUUCUUUCAAACCUUCUGAAAACACGGUGGCCAGAAUCAAAAGAGAAGAGACAGAAGCAGCUAUAAAUGUUCAAGUCAAGAGAGCUAGCUCAGAGAAAAUACAGAAAGCUGGGGAGUCCCCUCAAAGCUUUAGUUCAGAUGUCGAUACUCUUUUUGAUCAGCUCAGAGACCUUAUAAAGGAAGAGGAAUCAAAGACCCAUGAAAAACGAGUUCUAAAACAGCAGGAAUCAUCAAUGCUUUCCAAAGAAUCUCAUGAUCGCGAAUUCAGUCAACCAAAUGUCAACUUAAAAUCUGUACCACAUGAAAAGAAAACUUUUCUUGAUGAACUGCUGAGACAGUUAGAUACAAUCAGCAAAAAUCCAGACCUUGGACAUGAUAAAAGCUUAAAAAAGAGCCAAUCAUCUAGAUUUAGUGAAGCAAUAAAACAUCAUAAAACUGAAGACUCAGAAGAACAAGAAGUUGCUGAAGAUCUAGCUAAACUGAUGCAUUAUCUUAAAAAGGAAUGAUGACUAACACCUUAUAGUAUGAUGAGGAGAAUACAAUUUCAUAAGUGAAAUGCAUUGCUAACCAUCACUCACCAUCUUCAUGGCUAGGGCAGCUUUAUUAUUGAUAUAUUUAUUUUCAAUAAAAUCUUAGAAAGCAAUUUUUAUUUUGACACCUUGAAGUGGUAACUUGGGUCCAGUUGCACGACAUAUUGUUAAUUUCAAAGACUUCAAGUCUUAAAUCUAUGUUUAUAGAAGCACAGUGCACAAUUCAAUCUUACGGCUUUUUAAACUAAAUUUUGUUAAAAAUAAAAUAAAACUGCUAAAACCAGAUUUUUAGGUUCUUCAGCACAUUUUUUUCCCAUGCCCUUAUGCAAUGCAUCUAAAUGGCAUAGAAGCAAUUUUUGAAAGGCUUCUUUAGAAUAGUUUUAAAUUUUAGAAACAUGUUAUUUCAACUAGCCUCAGAGCAGAAAGGGUUACAAAAGGAAAGUGAGAAAGAGAAGAUGGGCUCUGUUUCUCAAAAAACUGGCCCCAAGGUAAAUAUAGUCCUAAAUACCACAUUCCACAGUUAAAGGUUAUGUGGUAACCAUUUUUUUAUUCUUAGAGCAUCCCCACUGCCACAGAAAACUUUUCCAUUUCUUCUACAGUACAUGAUUUAGUCCAAGUGUAAACAGCUAACUCAUGGAUAUUGUGUUUCAAAAUGUGCUCUUAUUUUCCUUCAAAGUUUUAUAUCUGCCAUUUCUUUUUUUAAGAGCUUGAUCAACCCCCUAAGCAGUUUACAAAAUAUGUAAUUUAAAUUUCUAUUUCUGCAUCAGCACCUUGACAACAGAAAGAUUUUCACAAAUUGUACUUAAUGCAUGCAGCAGGAAAAACUGCAAACAUAAUCUAGCUAGACAUCAUUCUUUAAACAAUUAUAUUUUAUAUAUGCUGCUUUUUUUUAGACCUCUUUAUUUAGUUCUUUAGCAUUGACUUUGAUUUUAUACUAUGUAGUUCUCAAAAAUGUUUUAUAAAUUACAAAAAAAUUAAUUUGAAAAGAAUUUCACUGUGUAUCAAUUGUGACAAAAUAGCUCCAGUCUACUUCAGUGUAACCAAAGAUUGUAGAUUGGAAAGAUGUGUCAUAAUUAAGGCAUAGUCCCCCUAUAAAAAAUAAGGUACAAGUUGCUGCUAGUACUCCAUGCGACAGUCAGGAGCAAGGGAGAUAACGACACGAUGUGUGAUAUUGUUUGUUGGGGUUUUGCAGAAUAAAUCAAAGUCCAGUGAUGACCGCAACUGAA